AUGGCUUCGUCACCAUUCAACCUGGCCACUUGCGCCCGCCCUAAUAUCCUCGCAUUGCAGCCAUACCGAUGCGCCCGAGAUGACUACAAAGAUGAUGGGACGAAUGUGCUCCUCGACGCCAAUGAGAACGCCUUCGGGCCCGGUCUUGCGCUGAACAGCGAGGGCGCCUUGCAAGCCUCCCAGACCGGCGAUGCGACGGGCGCCUCCAAGCCCGAGAUCGACUUCCUGGGCUUGAACCGCUACCCCGAUCCUCACCAAAUUGAACUCAAGCAGCUAUUCUGCAACCUCCGAAACACCCACCACCACACCCCCAAAACCCUCCUCCCAGAGCACAUGUUCUGCGGCGUCGGAUCAGACGAGGCCAUCGACGCCCUCCUACGAUGCUUCUGCGUCCCAGGCAAAGACAAAAUCCUCACCUGCCCCCCAACCUACGGCAUGUACAGCGUCAGCGCGCAAGUGAACGAUGUGGAGAUUGUCAAGGUUCCCCUAGACGCCUCCAACAACUUCCACCUGCAACCCGAGAAAAUCCACCAAGCCCUCACAGCCGACCCAUCCAUCAAACUAGCCUACAUCUGCUCGCCCGGAAACCCAACUGCAAACCUCAUCCGCAAAGAAGACAUCCGCAAGGUCCUCGAGCACCCAACCUGGAACGGCGUGGUCGUCGUCGACGAGGCCUACAUCGAUUUCGCGCCCGAGGGCUCCAGCCUCGCGGAAUGGGUCACCGAAUGGCCGAAUCUGGUCGUCAUGCAAACCCUCAGCAAGGCUUUCGGUCUAGCAGGUAUCCGUCUCGGCGUCGCCUACACCAGUCCUGACAUCGCCCGUCUCCUUAAUAGCCUCAAGGCCCCUUACAAUAUCUCCAGCCCGACCAGCGCGCUUGCUUCUGCCGCCCUUACUGGCCCUAAUAUGGCUGUUAUGCGCCGCUACCGUGCGCAGAUCAUUGCCCAGCGCGACCGUUUGCUAAGCGCGUUACCUACCAUCCCGGGUGUGGGGAAGUUCCUCGGUGGGUAUGAUGCCAAUUUCUUGCUUGUGCAGAUUUUGAAUGCUGAGGGCCGACCGUGUAACGUGACCGCGCUCGCGGCUUACGAGGGUAUGGCGGAGAAACGUGGGGUUGUUGUACGAUUCCGGGGUAAGGAGCUUGGGUGUGAGGGAUGUUUGCGGAUUACGGUCGGUACUGAAGACGAGGUUUCGAAGUUUUUGCAGGAGUUGCGGGUCGUACUGGGGGGGGCUGCGUGCUGGGGGAGCCAUUGA